UACUUUUCUGUUUUGUCUUGUAGUGGAAAUAUUAUAAAAACUAAUGAAGUAAUGAAGCUUAUAGUAGCAUCCAUUGUUGGAGUUGUUUUUGGUUUCUUUGUAGGAGUAUCCUUUCCAACACUAUCAUUAACUAAGAUGAAUCUCCCAUCAAGUCUUUUUCCAUCCAUUGAUCUCACAUAUGUUGAGGACAAGUACUCCAAAAUUCAAGCUAAUUCUAUUUGGGAUGCUUGGGAUUCAUUGAGAGGUGGUGAUAGAAACUUGUUCAAUGAACUUCACAAAUUCUAUGAGAAUACAAAGAUUUGGGUUCCUUCGAAUCCUCGAGGAGCCGAAAGACUACCCCCUAGAAUUGUAGAAUCUGAAUCAGAUUUCUAUCUUCGUCGGUUGUGGGGUUUACCACAUCAGGACCUAAGUAUCCAACCAAGGUAUCUUAUAACUUUUACUGUCGGGUAUGAACAGAGUGCCAACAUUGAUGCUGCAAUUAAAAAGUUCUCUGAGAACUUCACUAUUGUGUUAUUCCACUAUGAUGGUCGAGUUAGUGAAUGGGAUAAGUUUGAGUGGUCAAAGAAAGCAAUUCAUAUCAGUGCUAGAAAGCAAUCUAAAUGGUGGUAUGCUAAACGAUUUCUACAUCCUGACAUUGUGGCUCCCUAUGAUUACAUCUUCAUUUGGGAUGAGGAUCUAGGCCUCGAGCAUUUUGAUGCAGAGGAGUACUUGAAAAUUGUAAAAAAACAUGGUUUGGAGAUUUCACAGCCUGGUUUAGAUCGAAGUAGUGAUUUUACAUGGGAAAUGACAAGGAAAAAGGAUGGUGGUGAAGUCCACAGGGAUGCUGUGGAAAAAGAUGAUUGGUGUUCUAAUCCACCAAAGCCACCUUGUGCUGCAUUUGUUGAGAUAAUGGCUCCAGUAUUUUCAAGAGAUGCAUGGCGUUGUGUGUGGUAUAUGAUACAGAAUGACCUAAUUCAUGGAUGGGGCAUUGAUUUUGCUCUUAGAAAAUGUGUGGACGAGCCUGCUCAUGAGAAAAUUGGAGUUGUUGAUACUCAAUGGGUUAUCCACCAAAAGGUUCCUUCACUUGGAGACCAGGGGCAAUCGGAGGAUGGAAAGGAACCUUGGGAAGGGGUGAGAGAGAGGUGUCAUAGAGAAUGGUCAAUGUUCAAAGAGCGGUUGGCUAAUGCAGAGAAGGAUUAUCUUGAAGCAGCAAAUUAAGGGAAUUGCCUUACAUUUAUUAAAGCAUAAAUCAAUUUCUUAGUUUUUUUCUUAUAUUUGACUUUAGAGUAUAGAGAAAAUCUCAUUGAAUUAAAUCAAUUGGUGUUAUGAUUUUAGCAUCAUAUAUAGUGAACUCAUUAACAUUUUUUUUUUUUGACUAAGAACUCAUUAAGAUU